AUGCUAGCGGCGACUAGCUCCCUAUCGACGUCGUCGUCGCUACUUCAACGUGCGCAAGCUGGCGAUUGCAGCAUUCCCGUCGCCGAGAUUCCGGGUCGCAGCAUUUCGUUCGCGAGGACCUGUCAAUCCGGGAAUGGAGCUGGCCGAAGAAGAGCGGUGCUGGUGACAGCAGCCACGGGCGCCGGGGCGAAGGGGUUCGGCAAGGCGGACGACGGCAAGAGCCGGAAGCCGAGUCCCAACAAAGGCAGUGGGCCCCCCAAGCAAGAUGCGGCCAUUCCAGGCGUCAAUGAAAACGAGUGGGCGCCAGAUGUGUCGGCGGCGCAAGAGGCGUCUCAAAGGCCCUCCCGAGUUGCCUCGGACGAUGACCGGCUGUUUGAGGAGCGCCUGAGGGAAGUGCGACGGCAAGCGGAGGAGAAGAAGCGGGCAAAAGUGGUGAGCACUACAGCAGCCAUAGACUACGACAACCCGCAGACAGAGCCCCUGGUGGAUACCGCUGCUCUCACCAAAGACCUCCCCACUAAGAUUGGCAUUGGCAUUGCUGCCACGGUAUUUGCUGCCAUUUUCGCCUUCGGAGACAUUCUCCCCGCCCCUUCCUCCUCCCCGCAGCAGCAGAUGGUGGAUGCGAGUGGCAUUGCAGUUAACAAGAUGAGCGAUGCCCAGAGGAAGCAGCGAGAGGACCAGCUAAAGGAGUUUGAGGGGCGGCUGGCGGCCACACCGGACAACAGGGAGGCGCUAGAAGGCUCUGCAGUGCUGUAUGCAGAGCUGGGGCAAUACAAUCAGGCGGCUCAACGCCUGGAGCAGCUCAGCCAGGUCGCCCCGGGGGAUCCCGAGGUGCAGCGCCUUCUGGGGGAGGUGCGAUUUGAGCUGGGCGAGUAUGGCGCCAGUGCUGCUGCCUACAGGCGGGCUGUCAAGGUGUCGCCUGUGGAGUCCCUGGAGGUGCUGCAGGGGCUGACCGGCGCUCUGCUGGCCGACAACAAGCCGCAGCAGGCAGUGGACGAGCUGCUAGCAGCGCGGCAGCGGGUAGAAGCAGCAGCAGGGAAGGCGGUGGAGGAGCAGGAGGGGGUGGCAGACGAGGCAGUGGACGAGCUUCUAGCAGCGCGGGGUCGGGUCGAGGCAGCAGCAGGGAAGGAGGUGGAGGAGCAGGAAGGGGUGGCGGACGAGGUGCAGGUGGCGCUGCUGCUGGGGAAGGCGUAUGCGGCGUGGGGGCGGCCGGGGGAUGCGGCUGCGGUGUACGAUGGUCUCAUUGCCUCUCGCCCUGACGACUUCCGAGGCUACCUGGCCAAGGGCUUGUUCCUCAAGGACAAUGGCAACCUAGCGGAGGCUGACAGAAUGUUUCUUCAG